UCGGCCCCUACCUGGAGGCCAUGCGAGCCAAGGGCCGACGGCUGGAGGAGCCCGAGGAUCAGCCCGAGCCGGAGCGCGACCCGCCACUGCGCGAGACGGACGAGAACCGCGCGUUGCCCGGCCUCCGGCUCAAGACCGGCAAGAAGACGCGACACGGCAAGGUGAUGCGGCUCAACGUGAACGCGCGCGAGCGCCGGCGCAUGCACGACCUGAACGAUGCCCUGGACGAGCUGCGAUCCGUCAUUCCGUACGCGCACUCGCCAUCCGUGCGCAAGCUGAGCAAGAUCGCCACGCUGCUCCUCGGCAAGAACUACAUCAUGAUGCAAGGCAACGCCAUCGAGGAGCUGCGCCGCAUCAUCGCAUACCUGAGCCACCUGACCGGCAUCCACGUGCCGACGCCCGCCAUGGCCGCCUACGACUCCCUCAACUUGCAGGGCAACCUGCAGCCGCGCAUGGGCCUGCUGCCAUCUCUCGGCGACGACGUGAGACCGGAGUUCAGCAUGUCACCGUCGCCGCGCGGACUGAGCGAUUGAGCGAGGUGGCGGGAGGGCCGCGUGUCGCGCGGAUGAUGCGCCGGUUCAGAUUGCUCGGCGACAAGCUCUGUGGCGAACUUAAUGCUUAUGUGAUUGUGCAGAGGAUGGGUGGCAAGGGAAAGAUAGGUGACAGUCAUCGAGAAAGUGAGCAGUAUUGAUCAAGAAUGUAUGCUCAAUCGAUCGAUUGAUCGAUCUCAAUCGAUCGCGAGUCCCGCCGACCGUGUGGGAUUUCGUCUGCGUAUGAAGCUCGUACCUGUGGUGUGCUGGUGCCCAUCGCGUGCCGUAGUUUGUUCUGGUGCUGACGACACUAUGCUUCGUUGGCACGCCCGCAAGGUCUCCUCAGCUGUCUCGCUCAGGUGAAAACACCCCACUUCGUAACGGCACCCCAUACACUCGUCCACUGGUGUGCUUCCGCAGGCAUACAUGCGCACCGGCACUAGAGGACACGGCAGUGACUAGAUGCAUGUAAAUGUUUUCGCAAUAGAUCCCGUGUUUUGUAAUGACCUUCCCAACUCCUCCGUGAAUAAGUGUUUGCUGUUGGUGCAUAAAAGGAGACACCCGGCUGUAACCUCAUUCAGGCAGCCAAUAGUUCUCACUGCACUUUAUAGGAAAAUAUUCCCUGAAACAGCGCAUAUCUUGAGUUUAGGUUGCGGGCACCUCGGCUCAACGUGCUGCCUUUCUCAUAAACCGCAUAUAUCGGAUGACAAGGAAGUUUGAGAAAUCAUGUUGUUGUGUUAUGCUCCGUGCCCCCAGACUUUUUUAAUUUCGUGUUUGGGACAAUGGAGAUAAUGAAUCAACUCUAAACGAUAUUAAUCAACCAAGCAUAAAAACAGCUAUUUUAACUUAAUUUUCUCCAGCACGAGCAGAGGCUAUUGACUCCAAAAGUUCGCUUCUCAGCACCAGCAAUUCGCAAACGCCAGAAACCACUAUUCCGUUUUGUCUAACACCACAAGGUAAUGAAAUAAGAACAGCCCUUACGAGGGCACCGCCGUAUGGUACUCGCCUGCUUCCGACAGGCGAACAGGCGGAGCAGGUGCCCGGGUGUUUUGGCGUCAACAACAAUAUUUUCCCGGUGUUAAGGACAAAACUGAAGGAUUAUUGUAGUAUAAAGAGGGCACUCCUAGAACAACAGAAGAUUCGCACCCAUAGGGAAAGCGAGCGGCAACCUUGUAUACACUUAACAGCAAAGCGAUUCUUCGGUAGGCCCACUUCACAACUGUCUUGUCUAGCCUCCCUCGGCUUGGGCAGCAAUAAAGCAGUUUGGUGUGCGACGACACGUCGUUGACGGAAUGGCCAAUCAUAGGCAGAGUGCUGUAACCAUGACAACCUUCGUAACGAGCCUAUCUGGCAUUCAGCAACACACCGCACGCCACAUUGGGAAAUAGAGGCUUUCAAAGCUAUCAUCUGAGAUGAAGUGAGCAAUGAGGAUGGCGCGAUACUGGGUGAAGUUCUACGACUCCGUUUAUUGGAGGAGUUCAUACCGUUCAAUCUGAUCGGCAACAAGAGCUCCGGCAUGGUGGCCUGGAGCCGGGAGCUUAAGUCGGCGAGGCUGAUCUCAAUCAUUCCCUCAUACAUUUCAUGCAUUUGACAAUGCAAAUCUGCUUUUGCGGGGAUUGGGGCUGGCCAUUUGUCGGAGGACAGAAAUAAAUGUUGA